AUGUGUGGCAGGACCGGCUUCCAGGGACAGUGCACGCAGGUGCACAUGCAGUUCAUGGACGACAGGAGACACUCCAUCAUCUGCAACAUGAAAGGCCCCAUGUUGUUUCCAGGAAAGGUUCAGACUCCAGGGGCAUGUAGAAGAGUACUUUGUGCUCAACAGUACAGUAUACCCAGGUCUCCUGCUGUAAGUACAGCUUUUUCUGAAGAGGAAAGCCAUGGAGAGGCCAGUUUCUCCCAAACACCAUCCAGUGAAUGGGAUGAGACCCGAUUGAUCUUUGCUGUCAGACAAGAAAUGAAAAAGAGAGCCAGAGGAGCACCCAAUGCGGCCUGGAGUCGUCCACUUUUGGAAAAGUCCAUGACGAAAAAACCUAUUAGACCCAGUCACAGUCACUCCUGUGCAUCUAGAGGCUGCAGGAACACACAGUUCCCCUGCGAGGCCUCCCGGCGCCACAGGCCUCUGCAGGAGAAGCCAGGCCCCGUCGGCCUCGUCGGGGGGUCUCCCAGAGUCCCCCAGAGCCCAAGCUGGAGGACAGGGUGGCAGACGCAGUCGUCGCUCUGGCUGACCCACCUCUCCAAAGCCGGCCCUGGGGGGGGGAGGGGGGAGAAAAGGGGACCCAAGGCGGAAGCCUCCCUCCACGGCAAUCUGGCAGAGGCGCCCCUUCCUCUGCCCGUCGGUGCUCCCACCCACCUUCCCUCCAAGAGGUUAAUCAAGGCCCCUCCUAGGCCGAGGGUGAAUGCUCCCUUACACUGACCGCUGCGAGGGAAUUGUCCGCGAGUGCUGCCCAUCUUGGAAUCAAUGCCUGCCCAGAACAACAGAAAGGGCCUCAGAUGUACUGGUUUCCACAGAACCAUUGUUCGGCUUUUGUGGAGCAGUUUUGAACCUAAUAAAUAAUGUCAAAAGUC